CACUUAAAGGUUUCGUUCUUAUGCUCUUGUUAUUAUUUUUCUUUUGUUCGAUGGAAGGGUAGAUAUUUUUCCUGAAAGAAUUUGGGGGAUUUGGAGAGCCUGAUAUGCUGUCGCCAUGAACAACCAGAACGGCUUCGUUCAUCACCAUCACAAAACCAAGUCGGAGGUCUCUGUAAGUGAAGAUGACAGUAUUAUCAAUAAGAAACUACCUAAGGAGUUACUACUGAGGAUCUUCUCUUUCCUUGAUGUGGUGUCACUGUGUCGCUGUGCACAGGUAUCCAAGUAUUGGAACGUGCUGGCAUUAGAUGGGAGCAAUUGGCAGAGGGUUGAUCUAUUUGAGUUCCAACGUGAUAUUGUCGGUCCAGUUGUUGAAAACAUUUCCAAAAGAUGUGGUGGGUUUUUAAAGUCCUUAAGUUUACGUGGUUGCCAGAGUAUUACAGAUGCUGCACUGAAAACAUUUGCACAAUCUUGUCGUAACAUAGAAGAGCUGAACCUGAACAACUGUAAAGAAAUUACAGACACGACUUGUGAGAGUUUAGGUCACCAUGGACACAAGCUCGUCUCCUUAGAUAUUAGUUCCUGUCCACAGAUUACCAACCAGUCCCUCAAAGCCUUAGGUGAUGGUUGCCAUAGUCUGCGGGUCUUGAAUUUAUCUUGGUGCACAAAGAUCACAAAUGAUGGCAUUGAGGCCCUUGCAAAGGGUUGCCAUAAUCUCCACACAUACAUAGGAAAAGGGCUGUCACAGGUCACUGAUGCUGGAAUUGGACAUUUAGCCAAACACUGUCAAAACCUCCAGAAGUUGGAUCUACAAGGAAGUAAUAAUAUUACAGAUGAGGCCCUCCACAGGGUUGGUCAGCAUUGUAACCAGUUGUUAUUUAUCUGUAUAUCUAAUUGUGCACGGCUCACAGAUGCUUCACUAGUGUCUCUUGGUCAUGGAUGUCCAAAUAUCAGAACCCUUGAAGCAGCCUGUUGUUCACAUUUUACAGACAGCGGAUUCCAAGCUUUAGCAAGGAACUGUAACAAACUGGAGAAGAUGGAUCUAGAAGAGUGUAUACAAAUAACAGAUGCUACCUUAAAUUACUUGGCCAACUUUUGUCCCAAUAUUAGUGCACUAACCUUAUCUCAUUGUGAGUUGAUAACUGAUGAAGGAAUUCGACAUAUAGGAUCUGGUGCGUGUGCUACUGAACAGUUACGUAUUCUUGAACUGGACAAUUGUCCGUUAAUUACUGACGCAUCACUGGAACAUUUAACAGGAUGUCAGAGUCUCGAGAGAAUAGAACUUUACGACUGUCAGCUCAUCACGAAAGCCGCGAUUCGCAGACUCCGAACCAGACUACCCAACAUCAAAGUUCAUGCAUAUUUUGCCCCUGUGACACCACCCCCAGCUGUGGGUAAUGGUAGACAACGUUAUUGCAAAUGUUGUGUCAUUCUUUGAUAAAGGAUGUGUGCUGCGGGAACAACUUGCAAUUUGUUGUUGUGUCUAACAUGACACAAAGAUGAAGCAUUGUUUUGUGUGAUAUCCAUGUGACAUAAUGCUUUCCUUCUUCUCUCUCUCCAUGCUGAAAAACAGUAUUGGUAGAGGAUGGAAAGAACAGUUCCCGAUAGAAGUGGCCAUUUUAUUUUCACCAAGCACACAAGCAAAUUUGUAUUAAUUGAAAUUUCUGCCUGAAGGAUCAGAAAACAUUUCACUGAUAUUUUCAAUCCAGGAAACAGGUGUUUUAGAGGAAUUUUUAUGCACAUAUUGUCACCAGUAUUUUAAAUUGUAUCGGAUGGGCAAAUUAUCACUCUGGUACCCCUGUGUCUCUCUUUCACUCUCCAGUACACCUAAAUAAGCAAAUAUUAUCAUCACAAAGUCUACACAACAAUGUUAUCUAAUAGUGAUUGCAUUUUAUGACCUUUCAUGAUUUUACCCUAUCUACAAUUUGCUGAAAGACUUGUCAGAAUCAUUGAUCUAAACUUGGCCCAGUGUGCUAAACUUUUCCAUCAGCUAUUUACCAGAUCAACAGUGGAGGCAUUUACUUGUGAAGUUAGUUCCUCUUACAUUGUGUAAGAUUGUGUUACACUCGAUACUUAAGUUACAUGUGUGUUAAUUAGAUAGUUUUGUGUUGACUGUUUAUUUAUUACAUUAUGCUGAGUGUAAGAAGAGAUAUUAUUUGUAUCAUGGUUAUAAGUGUGGCGAUUCCAUUUGGUAUGAUGAUGAUUUUUUAAUGGACACUGCACAUUUUUUUAUGAUGUGUAACCAACUCUUUUGCACAAUAGUAUUUUUGUAUGGAUAGCAUUCUGUCUGUGAACAAUAGGAAAUGUUUAUCCAAGUUUUUCUGAUGAGGAUUUUUCCUUCUGUUAAUACCAUAUUAAGUUCUAUUGUAUAUUUGAUGUGUGUCAACCUGCUCCUAAUGAUCAUGCCUUAAAUCAUUUAGUCAACAUUUAAUACAAAGAAUUCCAUUAUGCCUCCAGAUUGGAAACUUGGGAAAAUUGUUUUUCUUUUUUUUCCUUUGUUUAUUGAUUUUUAAGUCCUUAAUUUUAAAAUUUGUUCACCAUUGCUGUAAACUUUUUAACUACAGUAAAACCUUAUUAUCUUGAACUCCAUGUGGUGAAGAAAAAAAAUCAGAGAUAUCCAAAGAUAUGAGAUAUCAAGGUUAAAUAUUAAUAAAAAAAAAUAAGUGGUUGAGAAUUUCAAAUUACUUUGAUCUAUCUAUGGUAUUCAAGGUAAUAAUGUUCGAAAAAUCGAACUUCAACUGUAUUUUAGAAACAUGAGAUUUGGUCAAGGUUUAGCUUCAGGUCAGGUCACAACUGAUUGGGUCAGGAUUCAAAGAUCUCAUUCUAAAAUGAAAUUAUUAAUAUUCGUAUGUGAUUCUAUUGUUACAGUAGAUUUUUUAAUGCACAACCACUUAUAGAAAGGUAUGAUAUUCAUGUUUGGCAAACAAACAUUUUGAAUUUUUAAAUUGAAUUACUUCUGAAUCAUGACAUUUCCCAGUUGUUGCCUUUUUGAGUUGAGACUUUAAAAAAGCAUGCAUCAGUUAGUUCAACAACACAUUUCAUUCUUUGCAAAUUAACUUGAUUUAAGAUUAGUUUAAUUGCUCUGAGGUACAUGUAUCUUCAAUUUUUCCAACAUGAGAACAAAACAUACCGGUAAAUUCAUAAAUGGAUAAAUGUAUGCAACACACACAGUAAAUGUCAAAUUCAUAGGAUUGCACGAUUCAAAACUCAAAAAUGCUAGAUCAUGGUAUAUGGGAACAAGAUGCUUUGAUGCAGAGGUUAACAAUUAACCAUCAAUGGCUGCAAUAUUCAACAAGACUUAACUCUAUCUCAUCUAUGUAUAAAACCAUUAAAGGUUCCAUAUAUUCUAUUUGCUUUCCAAGGUAACAAAUUAUGUGCUGAUGUGUUAUGGGUUUUUUUGUUGUAGAAUCUCAUUGCAAUUUAAUUUAUUUACAGUUAAAUCUAUGGAUUUUUAUCAAAUUUGUACUUUAUUUGCAAAAUGGUGUUGAUGAUUUUUUUUUUAACUGUAUUAUUUUAAAGAUCCAGAAUGAAUAUGUAUGAUCACAGUCAGAACUGUGAGAAGAGGGACUUGAAUGAGUAAUUUAAGUAGAAGUUCAAGUAUGUUUGGAAUGUUGCAUGCAAGCGUCUUUGUGACAUAGAUUAGGCAUAGGCUUGUAAGGAAAUUUAAGCUUUCAUAAUAUAUAUCCAUCUGAAUCAAGAUUCACAUCAGUGUAACACAUUGUAAAACAAUGACAUGCCUUCAAACAGAGUAAGUGUCCAAUAAAAAAGAGCUAGUUUUUUGUGAUUUUGAAAUUUAGUUAGUUUCAUUUUCAUAUUAUAUUUUAACCAGCUUGUCGCUUACGUUACACAUUUUUACAUAGAUGUCAUCUGAUCUUAUUUAGUUUAAGCAGAGCGAUGACCGCCUAGGAUACGAUGUGUCGUUGUCUUGGUAACAAAUGGUUACCACAACAGCUGUGAUAUUGUAAUAUUACAAGUGAAUUAAUAUUAUGUAUAUGUGCAAUUUAAUGUCUGUCGAUAAUAAAAUGUUUAUUAUCA